UAUUCAGCUGAUUUUGUUGACAGCAAAAAAAUAUUUGUAAAGAAAUAAACUAUCCAAAAGCAUAAAAUUAUGGGCAGUUGGGUGUUGGAAGUAGCAAAAAUGGGGAUGUAUGUGGCUUUUCCGGUGGCUCUCUUCCACAUCUUUAACCAACCAGCCUACUUCGAAGAAUGGGUAACCCAAAAAAAACGCGAGCUCUAUCCUCCGGAGAGCAAAAGUCAUCAUGAUGAGUUGCAGCGUGCCAUUCGUGAACACCAUCAGAAACGCGACGCCCAGAUGAUUCGUGCUCUAGAACAAAAGUAGAGGCAAUACUAAUAUUGUGGUUUAACAUUUUUUGUAGACCAUAAUCGAACGGUUUUAUUUUUCCUAAUAAAAUAUAUGUAUGUAUAUUAAUGUGCAUAUGUGUGUACCCACUACAUAUUCAUAUGAAUGCGGACAGUUGGAGCAUGUAAAUAAAUUUCAAAUUCUAUUGA